AUCGGCCAGUCACCAUGAACGCCCUGGUGUACAGCGUCCUACUAAGUGCCCUGGUUGCCAGCUCCUUUGGCGGUUUCAUCGGAGGCGGCGGCGGUGGUCUCGGCGGUGGUCUCGGCGGUGGUCUGGGCGGUGGAUACGUCGGUGGAGGUGGUCUCGGAGGCUACGGCGGAGGCUACGGCGGAGGCUACGGUGGCGGUCUUGGAGGCGGCGUCGGUUUCGGAGGCCUGGGUGCCGGAGGCAUCGGAGGAGGUGGUGGUGCCGUCGGUGUAGGAAGCAGCGUCGUCCUGCUCAGUGGUGGCCGGGCGGGCGCCGGCAAGUCCGUGGCCGGACCUGCAUUCCUGGUCCGCACUGUGCACCACGUCAAUCAGGUUUCAGGCGGCGGAGCUAUCGUGGCGCACUCCGGAAUCGGAGGUGUCGGCGGAGGCGCCGGCGUUGGAGGUGUCGGUCUUGGCGGUGGCGUCGGAGGUUUCGGAGGUGGCGUCACCUAUGCUGGCUCGGGCUACGGAGCCGGAGGCCUUGGUGGAGGCUAUGGUGGCUACGGUGGUUAUGGUUCUGGUGGCUACGGGGGCGGCAGUGGUGUCGUCGGCAAGCUCGUGCUCAAACACCAUAAAUGAGCGCACACUUCUAACAUCCGGAACAUCCUGAGUGAAGAAUCUUCCAUCGAAAGCGUCGGCGUCUAGGGGAGAGCGGCAGCAGUUAUCACCUGCCAUCUAAGUCGAAGAGAUGACCUCAACAGUGCAAAUUAUUUUCGUGGCUUGUGUAAAUAUAUGUUGACGAGGGCAUCGUUCCUCGACAUCAGAAAGAAAUUGUUUCGCAUUCUUUAUCUUCAACAUAAACCUGCAUG